AUGGCAAAAACACUUAAUGAAACUUACUCCCAAAGAUGGAGAGAAAUAAAGCAAUUACUUCGCUAUAAAUCACCUAAUCUCCCUAUUAAACAAUUAGAUGGCAGAUUAGCUACUUUGGAUAUCGAAAAAGCUGAACUUUUUAAGGAUCAUCUUGCUAAUACAUUUUAA